AUGCCGCCCAAGGGACUCUACCGAAUCCCAAAACAUCAUGUCGUUGGCCAAGGCACCUCAAUGAAGCGUCAAUCUUUCAACAGCAUGGACUUCAAAGAGGCGGAGAAGCCGGCGCGCGUUACGACGAACGACAGCACGACAGACGAUUUUGUCAACAAUGAAAGGGCUCAGCGAAAGCGCGAGAAGCGUGAGAGGAAAGAAGCUAGGAAACUGAAGAAGGAAGCCAAGGCAGCUAUGGCUGCUGCGGAAACAGGAAAGCUGAAAGAGAAGCAGAACACCCCGCCAGUCGACCCGACACCCACCGCCACGCCCGUCAAGAAUGGCAGGGACGGUCCACGUGGUCCUUAUAAGAAGAGAGAGAAAGGCCCGGACGGAACUCCAGUUUCUGCUGCGAAGAAGCGGAAGAGAGAGACCGAGGUACCUGUUGACAGUCCAGCUGUCACUGGCAAAGGUCUCGCUGACGCCGACAAUUGGCUCGGCCCCAACUUCAAGAAGAACAUGGAAGACAAUAAGAAGUCCCUUGCUCGCCUCGCCUCUAUCUUCGACCAGCAGAUCAAUGAGAACGCUAAACCUACUGAGUCGCCCAGAAAUAAGCCAGGAAGACCAGUGGGUUCGGGCAAGAAGGCCAUUGCUAAGACUAUUGAGACUGAGAUACCCAAGGCCAGCGAUACUACGAAGAAGGCCAUCAAGUCUGACGAGAUCAAGCGCAAGGCCAAGAGGCAGAAGCUGGAGAAAACACCUGUGGCUUCCAACGAGGAAAAUGUGUCCAAGGUCAGCAAGACACCAAUACCAGUUCCGUCGGUCGCAUCAGCCCUGCCUACCGAGCCGAAGAGCACACCAGUUCCACUUCCUCAGAAGUCUCUUGGUGCGUUGACGCGCAGUGUGAGCGAGUCACCGACAAAGAAGAACAAGGUAGACCUUCGAGAGUCUGAAGUCCUUGUCAGCGAGACCCCUCUCUCACAAAUGAGCCGUACACCUGCAACCACUCCUCGCGUACAAGCAAUCCCGUUUAGUCUCAGACCCGCAGUUACCACGUCCAAGGAAACCAGCAAAGCUCCUGGCACCCUUGAGUCUUCUCCCGAAAUUCCCCUCAUGAUUGACACCAAAUCCCCAGAGGCCCGAAAGCGCAUUGUUGGCAGCCAAGGUUCCGUGAACCCGCUCACCAAUAGUCAGGUCGACAGUCUUACCACUGCGAACCUCAUGCGGUUCAAAGAACCUCUCAGAGACACUCCGAAGCCGCGUCCUCGAGGCCGUCGUUCCGUUAGCGAGGCACCUAGCACUUCUUCUAGCAGCUCCUCCACCACAUCAAGGACCAUUCGCGACAUGUUAAUGCGUCCAAAUAAACCAUACACACGUCCCAGCAACGAGAUCUCUCCCUUCAACAACAAGAAGAAGCACAUUGAAAAGCAUGACGAAGCCAAUCUUGCCACUUUCUCUAGCACAUUCACGGCUUCCCGCCGAACCGUCAAUUUUACCGAUGAGGCAGCAUACCUUGACGAGUAUGACGAGUGGCUCUCCGACAGCGAAGCAGCAGGUACCCUCCCUUGCUUGAAACAAGCCUCAGGGUGCUCGGCCAAAUCUGAGCAACUGCUCCAGCUCCAACGUUCCGACGACACCUCAGCAUUCAAAGUGAUCAUCACAAAUGAAACCGAAACCGAGAAUACGGCGUCUGACAUUGCGCGCGUCAAAGCCGCGUCCACCUUCCUGCGCUACAGCAUCUUGACACGCAUCCCCAUACCGCUGGGCUCCAUCGAAGGAACGUUCAAGCUCUACUGCCCCAAGUACACCGCUACCCAUGUCGACAAGUACGGGUUCGGUCAACGCACUUUGAACAUCACCUCCAUCGCCGGUCUAAACCCCAUGUCGGGAGCCUAUACAGCGCGUCUCUCUAUUCCACCUCGUUCCAUGCCGUACCCGAUCCAAGCGUUCGAAGCCCCACCCCACGCUUCGUUCCGCACCAUCACGCUCAAGACAGUUGCUGAGCGGUAUAGAAUGGACGUCAUGUUCUUGGGUAAUGGUUACUUGAAGCUGAGAGUUGAUUUGCACCUGAUUCUCAAUGGCAAGUCGGCUGGAGAGAUGAAGGCGGCAAAGGGAAAGGGCAAGGAGGGGAAGACAAAGGCCGGAGUGGGCGUCUGGGAGUUUCUGGGAGUGAAUGAGAAGGCGGUUGUCUGGGAACCGACGGUUGAUGAGUUGGAAAAGGAGGGAAGGAAGUUGAUUGCCAAGUAUGAAGGUCGUUGA